AUGGCCUGCAGUUUUCAAAAAUAUAAGUGCUUUCAUGGCAGCCUAGAAAGUAUCUCCUCUAAGGAAAUUGAUCUUUCAUUUAAUGUAUGUCUACAUUCCUCCUGUGUCCCAGUCACCUCUUCUGUUUCCAUAUUGACACCAGAUUUCACUCUCAGUGAACUGCUCUGCCAGUGCUGUCUCCAGUGUCAGAGCCACAUCAGAGCUGGAACUUCUCAGAUCAGGAGCUUGCGGUGCCAUACAGCCAGCAUUGCCUUUGCGAGGCCACUGCCACCAUCCCCACCAUUGAUCCAAGGUGGGCAGAUGAAUUCCAGAAACCUUUAG